AUGGCGACGCGCAUCCCGAUUGCAUUUCGACGUGGCCCACGCACCAAGAAGAAAGCGAUCGAUGCUAUCAAAACGUGGCACAUCUACCGUGGUGAUAAGGUUGAAGUGAUUGCUGGACCUCAUAAAGGCACGCAAGGCGAGGUCGUGACCGUCGUGCGUGACUUGAACAGAGUUAUUGUGGAGAAUUUGAACAUGUCCCACCGCUACGUGAAGGCGACGCCUGCUGCUGCUGGACGUUCGUACCUGUCGCCGUCACCGAUUCAUUACAGCAAUGUGAACCUGGUGGAUCCGUCUAUUGGCAAACCGACGCGGGUCGCCAUCCGCUUCACGGAAGAAGGUGAGAAGGUCCGUGUGUCGAAGAAGACGGGCACCAUCAUCCCCAAGCCCGCUGUUCUCAAGGAACGCCACAACCCGCGACGAACAGAAACUGGACCAUUCGACACGGCGCCAGAAGAUGUGCUGGACCGCACAGUGGAGGACUGGGAAGUUGUUCGUCUGUAA